UAAAUAUUUAAUUUUUACGUAAAAACAAAAAACAAACUGUGCGGUUUUAUUUUUCUAAAAUAAAUUUGUGUGUCUUCUUUUAUUAUUUAUUUAUUCUUGUGCAUUAGAAAAUAAUAACAACAACAAUAAACAAAAUAAUAAAAUUAAACAAAUAUAAUUGUCGUAAAUUGUUCGUAUUCAAGGUUACAUAAAAAUAAAUAAUUCAAUUCAAAUUUAAAACAAUCAAACAAACAAAUACAUAUUUGCAAUAAAAAUUAGGGAAAAUCAAUAAAUUUAAAUAUUAUUGUUGCACAUUGCACAAUUACAGUGUGAUUCUACUACCGAAAAGAAAGUGAACGAGCGAGUAAGAAGGAGAGAGAAAGGGAACAAUAUUUUGUUGACUCAUAUAACCAACAGACCAUCUAAAGAUGACAGAAAACGAACCUCUUAACGAAAAGUCCUCCCAUACGAAUGGACAAAUUGUACAUAGCGAUCAGCAUAACAGAUUAACCAAUGGCAACAGUCAACCCAUAUUAAAUGGUCAAUAUUCAAAGGAAACCACAAACGGUGUCAGUUUAGUACAACACAAAACAUGCAACAAUAAAAAGUGUAAGAACAACAGUAAUUCACCAACCGAAGUGCAUAUCGAGGCGCCAUGUUGUCGAGAUAUUCACGGCAAGGAGCCUCCAGAUGGGGGCAUGCGAGCAUGGUUGGUUAUGGUGAGUGCAUUUCUCUGUAAUGGUGUGAUAUUCGGUAUUAUAAACACAUAUGGAGUCAUACAUUCGUUGCUGACAGAUCGUCUAGAAGAACAGGGUGAUAAAGAUGCGUCUAGUAAAGCUGCACUUGUUGGUUCUCUAACAAUUGGUACAACAUUCCUUUUAUCACCAGUAGCCGGCUGCUUAACGGACAAGAUUGGUCUACGUUUGACAACACUAAUCGGUGGUCUGUUAUCCUCUGGUGGGCUAUUGCUUUCUUCAUUUUCUACUGAAAAUAUUGGUGCUCUUUACAUCACCUACGGUAUAAUGUUUGGUUUUGGCGCUGCCCUAGCCUACACUCCAACACUGGCCAUAUUAGGACAUUAUUUUAAGCGUUACUUAGGCAAAGUGAGUGGAUUUGUUACUGCGGGAUCCAGUGUAUUCACCGUCAUACUGCCGCCUGGCCUAGACUAUUUAAUAAAAGGCUAUGGCCUUGAAGUAACCUUGAGAAUAAUGAGUCUGAUUUCUGCUUUUAUAAUCAUCUGUUCAUUUGUAUACAAACCACUGCAUCCACCACCAGAACCGCCAAAGAAUAAACCAGGACGUUCAAAGGCAAACAUGCUGUUGAGAUCCAUUAUAAACGUUGAUAUCUGGAAGAAAAAGAAGUACGUCAUAUGGGCUUUGUGUGUACCACUGGCCCUCUUUGGUUAUUUCGUACCCUACGUACAUAUGAUGAAAUUUGUACAGACUGUUUUUCCGGGAAAAAGUGAAAAUCUACCGGUGAUGUGUAUUGGCAUUACUUCCGGCCUUGGACGACUGAUAUUUGGAGCCAUAGCAGAUCUUCCUGGUGUAAAUCGAAUUUAUCUACAACAGUUGUCACUAGUGUGUAUUGGUGUGGUGACCCUGUUACUGCCGCUUACCAGUUCAUACAUUCUGUUAAUCGUCUUUAGUUUAGUAAUGGGCCUAUUCGACGGCUGUUUCAUAUCACUGCUGGGACCCAUUGCCUACGAAAUAUGUGGUCCAUCUGGUGCCACACAAGCUAUUGGCUUCCUAUUAGGCUUAAGUUCAAUACCCCUCACAGUGGGUCCUCCAAUAGCCGGAAGAAUUUACGAUGAAUUGGGAUCGUAUACACUGCCGCUCAUAUUGGCUGGCAUACCACCAAUUGUGGGCUCUGCCAUCUUAUUCUUAAUGCGUUUUGUUAAAGAUGAAUCUCCCUUGAAAGGAAAGAACGGAACUGUUGCAAUAAACAAAUCUGGAAAUGGUACAACUGGCAGCGAAGAAGAUGAAGAUGUGGAAAAAAAUAUUGAAUCCAAACAAAUAGUGCCUUUAAUGAAUGGACAUUCCAAAGUCACUGUCAAUGGCAAUGGAUCUGUAGAGCAUCGACAGUCCAACACUAACGAAUCAACGACUACAAAUGGAAAAGCUCGUUUGGCUGAUUCAGAAUCUCUAACAGAUGCAUUGCCCACCUAUAAUGAAUGUGUUCAUUAAUAAAAUUUAAUUUUUGAUUUAUAGAUUUUUUAAAAAAUUUCUAAAAUACAAAACUCGGACUUAUUGUAGUACGUUGUUACCAUCUACUUCACUUAAUUGUAUUUAGUUGAAUAAUUAUUAAUUUUAAUUUUUUUCUAAUAAAAUUAUUUUACUCAUAAGUUUACCAACAGAUAAAUAGACACAUUUAACAAGCAAUUCGACGUUGAGAUA